AUGGCCACUUCAAAUAGCAAAGGUGAAAAAGUGUCCAAAUUUGAGACACUGAAACUUCUGGAGAAAUGCAGGAAGGAAAGAGAUGAUGCCAUGCACAGAGAAAGUGUUGUCAGAGAGAAGCUCAGACAGUACGAGUCAAGGAUGCGUUCAACUGAGGCCAUGAAGCAGAAACUGAAGACCUUGGCUGUGGAUAACAAGGAGCUGAGGAAACAGGUGAAGGCUCUUCGUACUGAAAUUGGACUUGAGUGCAGCCCUAAGUUCAGCGGAAAGACCACCAAGGACAUAAUCGGUGACUUGCAUGAAAAGGAACGUGAGUGCAACUCCCUGGUGGAAAAGGCUGGAAAACUGAAUCUGACCAUUGAUGGCUUGACAUCAGAGUUGGCAAAUACAGUCACCUCUAAGACCCUUUUAGAGGAUCAAGUGCAGUCAUUACAGCAAAAUCUCAAGGACAUGACAAAUAAUCAACGCCGUCUGCUUAAGUUGUGGGAAGACAAGAAGUCCCAGAGGGAACAGCUUGCCCUCCCUGCAAUUACCCAGAAACCUGGACAGAAACCAUCCAUCCAUAAAGCAGUUCAAACUGACAUGUCCAUCAGUCCCACACAAAAGCUUCCAGUCGCUGCUUUCGAGAUCAAGCCAUUUUUACGGGAUGGUGACAAAAAUACUGUUUUGGAUAAACACACCUUCCCAUCUUAUGGAAACGGCUAUAGUCACGAAAAGAAAGCUUUCAUGCAUGAUGAAACUAAAGGAAUUCAGAAUUGA